GUUCAAAUCAGUUGUUACCACUGCAUGGCUGUGUGCAGUAACGCGACUUUUAGCAAACGUUUGGUAAAAAAGGAAAUAGCAAAAAAAAACUCGGCUAAAGACGUGAUAGUAAAAAAUUAAACCUCUUUACGAGCGUUGGCGAAGGUUAAAAUCAAACGAUUUCUGUUUAUUGAUUUCAAAAAAUAAAAUACAAACGUGUACACAUUUAAUACAUAGAAGCGAACAAGCAAAUGCGAGUAGAUAUGUGAGCGGGAAUUUGAAUGAAUUCCGUCAACUCGUAAAUGACUAGUUUUGUGUUAAUCAAUUUCAAUGCGAUGCUUAUUCCAUUGUAACGCCUUCGAAACGUAACAACGCGUGCCGUGAUACAAGUGAUACAUACAUACAUACGGGUACCUUGCAACAUCCACUGUGUGUACGAGUGUUUUUUCGUUACUGUUAGAGUAUUUACUUAACUCGCCGGUCAGUUUGGAAAAAUGUUAAAAUUCCUGGUUGGAAAUGUGCUCUGUGUGGUUUUGUUUGUGAUUUGUGGCUUUGUCACCAGCGUCGUUGCCAAGCCUACGAUCAACUUUAGUUUGCCACAAAGUUUUCAGGGUUUCCCAUCUAUCGCCUCGUUCACGCAGCAGUACUUCGAGAGUCGAAAUUUGCGGCAGAUGAAAACUUACAGCGGCAAGCGGCUCACAAAUGAAUCGUUAAUAAUGAUUUAUUAUCAUGACUCGACCAUAGCGGUGACCGAAUUGGGGCCUGAGAAGCUGUUGUUGGGUUGCGAAUUAAUUGAGAUCUAUAAUGACAACGAUGGAAAAACCUUGCUGGAAGGACUCUCCAAAUACAAUCGUCCACUACGGAUAACAUUCGACGAAAUGCUGAAACUGAUGAAUCAAUGCGAGCGUGUCGACAAAUUAACGUAUUCGUCACGAAGUCGCGGCAAAUCCAUAGAUGUCAGUGCGAGCAACGAUAGUUCAACGAAUAAUGGUGUUUCCAAUUUGGCAGCAAACAUAUUUCCGAAAAGUCCAUUUUCGCUAUUGAGCGGCAUAAUACCAGGCACAAAAUGGUGUGGCACCGGCGACAUUGCGGAAACCUACAGCGACUUGGGCACUGAAAUGGAUAUGGAUCGGUGCUGUCGCCAGCACGAUUUGUGUCCCGUGAAACUACGUGCCUAUCAAAAUAAAUACGAUCUGAUGAAUGAUUCCCUAUAUACAAAGUCCCAUUGUAUAUGUGAUGAUAUGCUCUACUCCUGUCUCAAAAGUGCCAACACACCGGCGGCACAGUUCAUGGGCUCAAUUUACUUCAAUCUGGUGCAAGUGCCCUGCUUGGCUGGCAGCAAUGACAAAUAUCGCUUCCGUGCGGCGAAAGAGGGUUUCUAAGUGAACAGGCGAAAAAUGGCACAAUUUUAGGGGGAAAAACGGUAUAAAAUUUUUGAGGUGGGAAUCAGCCAAACUUGUGUAAAAUAUGGUAUUUUGUUUUUGUACUAAACAUUAUUUGUUGUAUAACAUUUUGUUAUAAUUUUUUGUUAGCACUUAAGUACGAAGAUAAAGUAAGAAUACAGAUUUUUUAUUUAUUUAUAUUUUUUCAUAAAAGAAAAAUAAAA